GCAUCCACACUUCCCGUAAACAAAAAAAAACUAAGUUCUUCUACCCCUCUCAAAAAACUAAGUUCUCCACGUCUAGUUUAACAACCGCUCCUCCCCGCUGUCGCCGCCCACCUCCCCACCGGCCGCCGUCGCCGCCACCUUCUCCAGCCCGCGGAUGACUGCUCGACGAUAAAUCGACGCUUCCUGCAGCGAAUUUUGCUUCUGCAUCACCUUCACCAAUCGGACGGCUUCAGAAUUUCUGUUAUGGAGGUGCUCGAGAAAUUGCUUGAAAGAACUUUACUCUUAUUUUAACUUUGCUUCCUUCAUCAGCUUUGCUGUGUUCGUUCCUGACCAGGCUCCUCUCUCUUUGGAACGGAGCCCGUCGAAUUGCUCCGCGCCUUUUCAGCCAAAUCCUAAUUCUGUAUAUCAAACUGAACAUCUCUCUUAUUUCAGAUUUGUCGGCCGCGUGGUAGCCAAAGCAUUGUUUGAUGGACAAUUGCUAGAUGUAUAUUUUACUCGGUCCUUCUAUAAGCAUAUCCUUGGCGUGAAGGUAACCUAUAUAUCAUGAUAUUGAGGCUAUUGAUCCUGAUUACUAUAAAAUUUGAAAUAGAUGCUGGAGAAUGUUGUUAGUGACAUACCUGAUCUGACCUUUAGCAUGGAUGCGGAUGAAGUAAAGCAUAUUCUUUAUGAGAAAACAGAGGUUACUGAUUAUGAGCUCAAACCGGGAGGAAGAAAUAUUAGAGUGACAGAGGAGACGAAACAUGAAUAUGUAGACCUUGCUGCUGAUCAUAUCUUGACAAAUGCCAUCCGCCCCCAAAUAAAUUCGUUCCUUGAUGGUUUCAAUGAAUUAGUGCCACGGGAGCUUAUGUCUAUUUUCAAUGAUAAGGAGGUUGAAUUAUUAAUUAGUGGUCUUCUAGAGAUCGAUUUGGAUGAUCUGAAGUUCAACAAGGAAGAUAUGGCAAGAUUACUCCAAUUUGUAACAGGCACUUCAAAGGUGAUUCACCUGAAGCUGGAAUUGUUUUAAUUUAUCUAUUGCUACAGUUAACUUUAAUGGCAUUAUCUUGAGUUGUUUUAAACCACAUUCACACUUUGAAUGUUGCUUUACUUAGUGUCUAGGCUCUUAUUGAAUCCCCCCACCAAUUUGUUUCCUUAGGCAUACUCUACAAAGUGUUCAAUGUAUUGAUUUAGGGUUCUGUUAUGUUUCUUGGUUUAUAAAUUUCUGUGCCUGACAUUUUCAUUUUGAUGUGUUUAGAUGUGUUCAAAAUUUUGUAUAAUUUUCUUGGUAAGAAUGAUGAUGAAGGUAAAUUUGAUAUAUAUAUUUCUUUUGUUUUAUUUAUAUUUAGAGAUUUAGAUGAUUUUAUAUCUUAAAGUCGUCGUAUUUUAUUUUGCUCAUGUAGAUUCAAGCUAGUUGGAUGGUUGAUUUGUUGGACGAUUGGUGGUGAAUGAAGGCAUAAUUAGUUGGAGAUUGUAUUAAAGGUUUUUUUUAGUAUAUAAAUGAAGGCGUAAU